AACUUAUUAAAUAGAUGUGUUCAAAAUAUGGCAGAUACAACUGGUGACUUAGACAGCUUCUUUGCGCGGAAGGACAAGAAAAAGAAAGGACAAACAUGGGAUAAAAAGAAAAAGUCAAAUAAAAAUGAAAAUGCGGAAUCUGCUCAAAUAUUUGGACCUGAAUCUAUUGAACACGAUGAAUGGGGAGAAAUACAAGACGAUUUAUCCAAGAGUGUAAAGACUGUUGAUCAGUCAGUGGUGGAAGAAGGGGGACGUGGGAGUCCGAGUAGUGGGAACCAGAGGAGCAGUGGGGGUGACAUGCACACCAUUUGCGAGGAGGACUCGGGGGGAGUAGAGAGGGACAACAAGGGACCCUGGCACCUGACCCCCGCCAACACCACCAGCAGCAGUGAUCCCCCCGCACCAGCUCCCACCGCCACAGUCGAUGGACCUUCGAGCAACCACAGUGGGGGCGAUGCAGCAGCCACAGUGGGCAGUGGGGUCGCUACUGGUGCCAACGAGAACAAGAAGGAGGAGGAGAAGUCGAAGGAAGAUGAGAGUACUGUGGAGAGCAAGUACGUGCCUCCAUGGAUGAGAAAUAAGUCUGGCCCAAUGACCGCCACUGCAGAUUCCCCCGCUGGUGCUAAAUACCUGCCCCCUGUUCGAGCGAGGGGUCAGUCACAUCUGCAGACCAAACCGCCGGACGUCCAGAGCCAAUCCGACUUCCCUAGUUUAGGCGGAGCAAACACAAAUCCAGAUGGGCAAAAUGCAUGGCAGAGGUCGCAGGCCAGCUCCGCAACCUAAACGCAAUCAUCAACAGAGCUGCAAAUCAGCGGAGACCUAAUUCACAAAUUCUGAAACGUCAAAACUGAAAUCGGAAAUUUUGAGGGACUUGAAUUUUUGAGCCGCGUUGAUAAAUUCAAUUUUGGCUCUGGUAUUUUUUAUAAGUCUGAAUGUAACCCAUCGCCAGAGGGAUUUUAUUGAAUAAUGUGUUUUAUAGAUUCAAUGGCGCAUAUUCAAUUCAGAAACAUUUAUUUGACUGUUUAAAAGAAGUUUUUUGUACUUAUUAUUUGGUGAAAGUAAAAUAUAAAAGUUCGAAAAUUUCAAUUUUAAAUACAUUUAUUUCUGGAAAUCGCCCACCAUCGUGAGAAAAUUGGUUUACUGAAUAGUCAAUUAAACCAUUUCUGACAUUUGCAUAUCGUAUACUUGGAUCCAUCUCUGAACACGUUUAAUGCUUCGACCACUUCAUGAGAUUGGCGUAGCUUGUACAGAGUCGAUGAACGUAUAUAGUAAAAAAACCUAAAAUUUGUUGAGGCUCAAAUUUACUUUUUUGCGGUA